CUUCCAAAUACGGACCGCCCGAUAACUGAGGUAGUGUGAACGACAGAGGAGCGGCUCGUUGUUAGACUUUGAGAAAGUGAUGGGAAAUGAACGGUUCUUCCACAUUCGGACUCUAGUUUGAAGUUUUGUGUAAUUCUAUUUCACAUGAUCUAGUUGACCAAAUGGAGUCCAAAGGCUGGGCACCCAUCCACCAAGCUGCUUUCAGGAAUUAUGCCAAACAGGUGCAGAGAAUCGUGGAGACAACUGGAGCUGACCAGCUUGAAACUGUAACACAGGAUGGCCUAAGAAACACCCCACUACUGCUUGCCGUUUUAAGACAUAGUAAGCAGGCCAUAGAUGUUCUAGUAGGUCUGGGUGCUGAUGUCUCUGCACUUAAUGCACACAAUUAUGGUGUGGUGGAAAUUUGUGCUUCUCAAGGAUAUACAGACCUCUUGGAGCGUUUCAUUAGUUUGAAAAACACAAGCUUGGAUGUGUAUGGAAGGUUAAUUAAGUUAUUCAUCUCAGAAGAUGACAAAGAGACUCUGUGUGCUGGCAGAGCCAUUCUGACUUUGGGUAGCAGUCAAGAAGGCCAAGAAAUGCACACACCUUCUUUAAUUAAAGGUGGCUUGGUUAUGGUAGCCAUUAACCAGAUGAAGAAGAAGAAUUGCAAAGAGGAGGUCAAGGAGCAGGCUUUAAGCAUCCUGAUGAAUGUCUUAGAAGACCCCAGUGUUAAGGAGCAGAUCUAUAAGAGUGAUGGGCUCACCGUCCUCAUCUCUUUACUUCACACAGAAUCACCAACACUAUGCCAGGGAGCACUUUUAAUGAUUGAAGCAAUAGUUUCACAUGAAAAAUAUGCAAGCACCUUUUUACAAUGUAAUGGAUUGCCUGUACUAUUGAAGGUGAUACGGCAAGCAAAAGAAAGUGACAGGGAAGGACAUGAUGACAAUGUUUUGAUCGCGUCUCUCAACAGCCUAGGAGCCAUAGCCAGGGCCAGUGACAGCUGUCGUGAGGCAGUGAGUAAAGAAAAUGAACUCUUCCCUCUACUUGUGCAGCUGCUUCAAGAAACAAAUUCAAAGCAUCAUCUGAUUGUCUUGUGUAAAGCAGUGUCCAGUGUGGUCAUGUGUCACCAUGGUAACCAAACAGCAUUUAUCGAGAAGAACGGAGUCACUCCUCUCAUUUCUCUGGUGAAAGUGAAGAAUAGAGAGGUGCAGUUGAGUGCCAUCAAUACCCUUAACAGUCUGGCAGAGGGAAAUGAGGCCGCACAGAGGCUUGUUCAGGAGCAGGGAGGGGUGAAGCCACUGAUGCAGCUGCUGAAGAAAAGUCGACUGGUGGGCACACAGGAGGCUGUGGCUGGAGCACUCUGGGUCUUGGCAGGUACAGACAUUGAUGACCAGAGGAAUAUGGCCACAAUGAUAGGUAUAACACAUCUAAGUGAGUUUCUAGACUCCCCAUCUGAGGACCUGCAGUUGCUGGGUUUGGAAAUAUUCUCCAUAUUGGCUAGUGGUCCAAAAGAUUUUGGCAGGGCCCUGGCAGGCGCAGGUGUCCCACAGCUCCUGGUCAGACUGCUGCACUCAAACAAUGAGCGGAUUGUUUUGGCAUCUGUUAGGAUGAUGAGGCACAUCUGUCUAAGCAUAAGCUGGAUUCCAAAUACUGAAAACCAAGAAAUGCUCUUUAAUUCUCAGGGAUUAAGUUUCCUGGUAGCACUGAUGUCUUACUCUCACUCGGAUCUGCUGCAGGCAGAGGCAGCCUGUGCUCUCGCUUCAGCUGUGUUGGGCAACCGUGGGAAUGCAGAGCUUCUUUAUGGCCACAGUGACUUCACUUAUAGCUUCAUCCUUAGACUCCUGUACUCCCAAUUCAGAGAAGUGCGCCUGCUCGCUGGGGUUGCUAUAGCAACUUUUGCCUUUAACAACAUGGCUCAGCAGAAGCAGAUAGCAGAGGCUGGUGGGGUGCAUUGGCACAAUUUUCAACCUUUCCUCCUUUCCAGUGACCCACUUGAACGUCUGAAUGCUGCCUUCCAGUGUGUAGUUCUAUCUAGCAUCAUACCAGAUCAAAAACCUGCAUCAAUCCGUGCUCUUGGGAUUAAGACUAUUGUGGACAUUAUGGAAGAACCACACUCCAAGCCUGUCCUGGCUCUGGCUGCGGAUUGUGUGGGACGUCUUGCACAUACAAGAGCAGGAAUCCCGUCUGCAAUUAUCUCCAUCAAUGCAGUAUCUGUUCUUUGUGAUCUGAUGACAUCUUCUUCUGAGCAGAUUCAGGGAUCUGCUGCCAUUGCAUUGGGAUUCUUGAGUUUCAACCACAAUGGCAACAGGCAGCUGCUGAAACACUGCAGAGAGAGUCCAAUCCUUGCCAAAACUCUCCUUCAAUACACUCGGGGGCGCAGGUUGUCCCACUAUUUCCUUGACGGCUGGAAGCACCUGACAAAACUGGGGUUGCCUCCCAUCAGGGUUGGAGGCAGCAUCUAUCCUGACUGCAAGGCAGGGUCCAGUCCUGGAUUGGCCACCAGUUCAUCACGGGGAACAGCUGUACACAUCCCUUCACUCACACCAAGCCAAUUUAAAGUCACCAAUCCAUUGAAUAUGCACAUGGUGAGGAUGUGAGAGAAGAAUCAGAAUAUCAAAGAUACAGAAAUGAUGACCCCACGUUAUAUCUGCCACACAUCUGGAAUCUGGUUUAAUUAACAACAAGACUUAGCACCUAAUUAAGCAACUGGUUGGAGUGAAAUUGGUUGGAGUUUGAGGCCUUGACUUAGUUGGUCUUCUGUUGGUUCACUAACUUCACGUUUCAUUUCUGUUUGGGUGCCAUUUAAGGAAAGAAAUGAAGCAAUUCAGCAGAACGAUGAAGAAAUUCAGGGAAACAAAAAUUAAUUCAAAAGAAGUUAAUUAGCAGCAAAAACAGGUCACUAAUUAAAAAAAGGGUUAGAAUGAAAACCUACAGCCACUGCGGCCUUCCAGAAUUGGAGUUUGAGAACCCUGAUGUAGGGUGUUUGAUAGUUGGUGUCACACACUUGAGAAACCAUCCUUUUUUUUUUUUCUUUAAUUUCUUUUAUUAAUUUUUAUUGUAAUCAUUUUAUACAAAUAGAUCAAUUUAUAACCAAACAAAAUUGAAGACAAAUCAAACCCCACCCCUGAGAAGGAGAGCUUAGCCAAAGGAGAAUUGCUUAGGGCUUUUUAAUGAGGCAAUAAACAAAAGAAAGAGAGAAAUAUAUAUAGGUAAAUAAGAAAUGGAGAAGGGAAUUAAAUGCGCUAAUAGUUAUUUCUCUUAUUCUAAAAUAAUAUUGAUUAGAUCCUGCCAGGUUUUGAAAAAGUUCUGUACAGAUUCUCUAACUGAGAAUUUGAUUUUUUCCAAUUUACAUCUUGCCUGAAGAAGGGGCCUGAGUUGCCUCGAAAGCUUGCAUAUUGUAAUCUUUUUAGUUAGCCAAUAAAAGGUGUCAUUUUGCUUGGCUUUUCUCUACAUUCAUAAUGGCUAACACGGUACAACACCCUAGUACUCCAAUUUCAAAUAAUAUAAAACAUCGGUUUCCCACUGACUUAUCAGAGGAGAGUUAGGAUUCUUCCAAUUUAACAGAAUAAGUCUGCGUGCCAAAAGUGUAGUGAAUGCAAUCACCGUUUGCUUGUCCUUCUCCACUUCAAGUCUGUCUGGAAGAACACCGAACACAGCUAUUAAUGUGUUAGGAGGAAUUGUGAUACCAAGGCUGUCUGAAAGGCACUUAAAAAUUUUGGUCCAAAAUGAUGUUAGUUUGGUGCAGGCCCAGAACAUGUGACCCAGCGAGGCAGGAGCUUGGUUGCAGCGUUCACAGGUUGGAUCUUACCCUGGAAACAUUUUGGACAGUUUUAAGCGAGACAGAUGAGCUCGAUAUAUAAUUUUUAGUUGAAUAAUUCUGUGCUCGAGUGAAUUCUCUGCUUUGCUACCUUCCACUCCUUUUCUGAUAUAUUGAUUAAGAGAUCUUCUUCCCAAUGUCCUCUUGAAUCUUUGAAAGGUAGGGACUCUAAUAGGAUUUUAUAUAAUGCGGAAAUGGUGUUUAAUUCCUCGAAAUUGAGCAGUAUUUUUCUAGCAUUGUGGAGGGUAUGAGGUGAGGAAAAUUGGGCAGUUUCUGUUUAACAAUGUUUCUAAUUUGAAGAUAAUGAAAGAAAUGUGUAGCUGGGAGGUUGAAUUUUGAAUGUAAUUGUUCAAAAGAUGCAAAUAUGUUGUCUAUAUAAAGAUCUCUGAGCAUUUUAAUCCCAAAACUUUUCCAGGUAUUAAAAACUGGAUAUGUUUGCGAGGGUUGAAAGAGGUGGUUCUCUUGCAGAGGUGCCACAGAUAAAAGAUUUUCCAUCUUAAAAUGCUUUCUAAGUUGGUUCCAUAUUCUGAGUGAGUAAAGCACAAUUGGUUUAUUAGUAUAUUUGCGAUAACUUGCAUUUAUUGGAGAGCAGAGCAGGGAGUAUAGAGAAGUACUACAGGAUUUUACUUCUAUUGCGGACCAAGAGGAACCAUCCUUUCACCAACUCAACAGAGUACAAACAUGGAGGAAGUGUGAUGGUCUGAGGUUCUUUUGCUGGAGGCAGAGUUGAUGAUUUGCACAGAGUGACUGGCAUUCUGAAUCAAAAGGGUUAUCACAGCAUUUUGUAGCACCACUGAGUAUCUUCUGGUCUGCAUCUAGUUGGUCCUCCAGGCUAUGUCAGAGCUACGUUAAAAGAAAAGAACAAGAAGGCACACUUCAAAGACUUAAACCCCAUUGAGUUAGUAUGGGAUUAACUGGACAGAAGGGUGAAAGGAAAGUGACGUACCAGUGCAACACAUUUGUGAGAAUUUCUUCAACAGUGUUCGGAAGAUCUUUCUGACCAGUAUUUGUUUUUCCCUUAUAGAAAGAGUGCCACAUGUGUGCUUGGUUGUUUUAUCAACAAAAGGUGGCUACUUUGAUGAAUCAAAAUUUGAAUAGAAUUUUAUACACUUUAUGAUUCCCUGACUUAUUUUUUUCUUUUUAUUUGCCAUUGUUUGUUUGUUUGUUAUACUGUAUGCCUUGAUUUCAUGAAACAUAAAGACAUUAAACUGUGUGCAUUUCCAUUGAAACUGAAAAA